GAACAGACUGUACGCGAUUCGCUUGACAGUUGUAGAUUGCUUUUGUUGGUGCCUUUUUUGCAAUCGAAAGAGUCCGAGCUGUGUUUUGUGUUUUUGCUAGCCGCGCUGUGCGGACUUUUCUCUAAAGGAGCGUCCGGAAACAAAUUGCUGUUGCUGAGUUGUGAAUCUCGCAGAAUCUCAUUCUAAACAGGACCCUACCGAUGGUGAUCUUAUGCUGUGAAAAGUGAGGCAGUACACCGCAACAUGCAAAGCAUACGGCAAGUGCAUGGGCAACAUUGCUAGUCACAUCGCGAUUCGGCUUAUCACUUUCCAGCUUCCUGUAUGCAUGGACCACUGCUGGCUUGUAGGAUUCUCCCGAAAGAUGCACGCAACUAACUGAGUUGUUCAGUGCUGCUAGCCGGAGUGCUGGCUAACAUCACACUACCACGAUUACUGUCGGGCGGAAACACAUUUGCCGGAAGUCUACGAGCAAAUAGUGAAAUAAACGGGUAAAAUAGCGACAAAUCGGUGGUGUUUGCAAAUGAUAAUGACCAGUGGGCCGACCGAGCUCAUUUAGAUUUUCAUCAACCAAUACACAUGCGGACAAUACGCUAUCGGAUCGCCGACCGACCUUCGUUGUUGUGCUUUAAUGUUGUGCUAAAUAUCGGAGCCGUAUGACCGUUGUAUAAAAGCAUCAAAAACGAGUCAUCACAGUGGUAAAUUUGUAACAGAAGGAAUUUGAUAUUAUAAUGAAAUUAAGCUACACUCAUUGGCAAUAACAGCUGUGCUGUGUGCUGAACAGUUAUAGCCAAAGUUACGGCAAAUGGUUAUGGUCAUAAGAAUCUUAAUCCAUACAAGUGCACUGAUAAAAACGUAACACAGCACCCUGAUACCAUUGGGUACCAUUGGAAAAGAAAACAUCAUUCAACGCAAUGAAAAUUCCUGACUUGGGUCCACGAAAUGGCAGUCAUCCUCGAACAUUCAUUACGUUACUGUUUGGCACUGUACUGGGCUUUAUGUUUGCCACCUUUAUCUCAUCUACAACUUUACGCCAACCAUGGAUGCCCGAGAGUUAUCGUCAGCGCGAGCCACCUUCGAUCGUAAGUGACCCGCACACCGGGAACGAAUUGCGUGGAGCCUCCGGCCCUGAGCAGGAUGUUGGACAGCAUGCAGCCCACGAAGAAGCGCACGCGCACGAAAAUGCAUCCAUUGCGCAACAGUUGCAUCGGGAAGUGCGCGUCCUCUGUUGGGUGAUGACCAAUCCGAGCAAUCACAAAUCGAAAGCGUUACACGUCAAGCGCACGUGGGCUGGUCGGUGUAACAAAAUACUUUUCAUGAGUUCCAUAGAAGAUCCCCUCAUAGACUCCGUCGCGUUGCCUGUGAGCGAAGGUCGAAAUAAUCUGUGGGCGAAAACGAAAGAAGCUUUCAAGUAUAUUUAUCAGAACCAUCUGGACGACGCUGAUUGGUUCAUGAAGGCAGACGAUGACACGUACGUGGUCGUGGAAAAUUUGCGUUACAUGCUUUAUUCGUACUCGCCGUCCCACCCGAUCUAUUUUGGGUGCCGCUUUAAGCCGUUCGUAAAGCAAGGUUACAUGUCCGGUGGAGCGGGAUAUGUGCUAAGCAAGGAGGCGGUGAAACGCUUUGUCGAAGAUGCCAUUCCCAGCCCAUUGUGUCGGCAAGAUAGUGACGGUGCGGAGGACGUGGAGUUGGGAAAAUGCAUGGAAGCAGUGAAAGUGUUGGCCGGUGAUUCAAGGGAUUCGGUCGGACGGGGAAGAUUUUUCCCAUUUGUACCUGAGCACCAUCUUAUCCCGAAUCACGUGGACAAAGACUUUUGGUAUUUAAAAUACACAUACUACAAGCCGGAUGAGGGUCUCGAAUGCUGUUCGGAUAAUGCCAUCUCUUUCCACUACGUGUCACCGAAUCAAAUGUACGUGCUAGACUAUUUGAUCUAUCAUCUGCGACCGUACGGCAUCGUUGCACACUCGCAGCCUUUACCAAAGAAGCUCAGUUUAGGUGAUAUUGUAAGAGUGGACGAUCUGGGGAAAACCACCCCUAAACCGUCAGCCCAGCAACAUCGACGGUACAAAGUCAGCAGUAGCCGUGGCAAAGCCGGAAAAGAAAUGCAGGAGGAAGUUACAUUUAGUGAUAUGAAAGCUAAAGAACCAAAUACCUAGUAAGAUUUAGGUGUAGUGCGUAAUACCAAAUUCUAUCACAACGUGGGUCGAGCAAAGUAGAGCGAAGUUGCGCCUCGAGUGUAUAAUGGAAUGUUUGGAGAUAGUUUGCUGUUAGCAAAUGAAUGAACGUGGUGUGUGAAUGGUUUUGCAGGGUGCUUGCUAUGAAUGAGUGAGUAGAUUGGGGAUGCAAUUUCGCUUGAAAAGAAUGUCAUUUAGUGUUAAGAAUGUUCUCAUGUAAAACAAAGAAUUACUCUAACGUAAAAAAACAAAAUCCUAUACAUAACAGGAAAGUAAGAACCACAAACAGAAGGGCUGAAUUUCUUUCAUUAAUGACAUAUACUUUUUUGCAGCAAAAAGAUGUAAAUCUCCUCCUUAUACCAAACAUUAUCAGACUGCUGCGGUUUAGAUAAACUAUACUAUUGUAGGAAAUGCUUGCGAGUGUUCAAAAUGUUAGUUUGUAUCCUCAAGACUAUGUGUUGUUUUAUUCCUCUAGCCCUGGAUUUUUUUGCAUUAUUUUAUUUUUUUUUUUAAAUUAGGGAUUUACCUUUUGAAUAUCAUUUUGAACCUCAAAAUCAAUUGUUUCCAUCUGGGAAUGCUCUUUUAAUCGCUUUGUUUCUAUUGCGUUAAACGUUUCUUAUCAAUCCCGUAAAUAAUAUUUUGUAAAUCCAUUCGGAUACAUCGUAAUCUGAAUGUUUGAAUGAUUUGAAUGUUCCUUUUCAUUGUUUACUUUCUACAAUAUUUGAACUAUCAGACAUCGCAUGGAUAACAAACACCGGUGGUUCGAAAUGCGAAUCAGUGAAUUGUAUGUGUUUACUACUAACUUAGUGUGUUUUUUUUUAUUGGAGUGCUUUUUAUCUAGACGAUUAGUAACCGGAAUGUAUCUUUGUUAUAAAUCAUUUAAACAUCAAAUCGUUAACCAUCAGGAAACGAACAAAAGGGUAUAUUAAUGGGAAAAGAGAAAGCAUAUGAAGGAGAUGCCACUUUACGCAAAUGCAGAUGCAAAAAUUUUAUUUUGAAAUGGUCAAAAUUGGCAUGAUCUAAAACAGUUAUCAAUUAAAAUAUAUUUAAUACUUACAAUUCCACAACAAAUGAAAACAGUACAUCCACAGUAUUUUCUCUCUUUUUUAUGCGCCUGUCAGUUGAUACAGCUUAGCGGACAUAUACUGUAUUAGUUUCAUAUUGUGCUGUCAUUAUCGAAACUAAUUUUGUUUACUGUUAGAUAGCUUUGAGGUAUUCACAUAAAAAAAAACUCAGAAAAGUCGUUUAUUCUUAAAUCUCUAAUGCGUUCUUGGGUCUUCAUGGCCACAUCAUUAUGUCUUGUUUGUACUACUACUAACAAGGCAUACGACAUCUCGACAAGGCUCAUGGUAUCUCUUAUACUCGAAACGAUUACCCAGCUUUAUAUGAUUAAAUGAAGAAUAGUAAGAAACGUUUCUGUAAAAUUUACAUUUUCCCAAUUCUGAGUGUUGAAAAGAGAAUGAUUUUAUUGAUAUGUAUAUCAAAUUCAUCUUCUUUAUAACAAGGUUUAAGGACAGUUGAAUCAGAAUGAUAUGAAAUAAUGUUUUGAGCUUUUGAGUUGACUGUUUAAAAAAACACAUUCAACUGGUGUCGAUAAGUGUGCUAUUUUAGAGUGGAUGAAUUUCCGUUCCCGUAAAGACCUAUGUGUAUGCUUAAUUUAAAAAAAAUCCAUCGCAAUGUUGUGGAAAAAUGUGUUCUUCGUAUUUUCCAUCGUUUGUUGUAACAAGUUGCCAUCACAUUCAGGAAUAUUAGUAGUUGAUUUAAGUUGCAGUAGCCCUUAAGCUAUAUAAAUUGAAUAGUGAAUAGCAAUUGUAAUAUCUACAGUUUAAAGUUAUGGUGAGAAUCGCAGGAACGGCCAGGAUGAGGUUUUGUCGCAGGGCUAAUACAUCCAAGAAAACUAUAAAAUACUCUGUAAGAUCGAACAAAGUCGAGCUGUAAGCAUUUACACAUAGCAAAGCAUAUAAAAAAAUAAAUCUUUACUAAAGUAAACUAUCGACUACUAAAGGAUAGAUCAAGAUGUGCUUAUGAGUAAGCGCUAACAACCGUCAAGCUGUCAUGCGAAUGCUGCCGGGCUAUAUAAACACCGUGAGCAGGAGCAGUGUGUUAAACAGUAAGUAGUUUGCUUGUCUAACUACAACUGCUUAGUGCAAACUCAACAAUGCUUAUGCGGCACAGCCACUGCCCAAAGGCGUACAAUUAAGCGACAAACUAAUGCAUACCGAUGAGUAACUAUUGAUCUUUAGGUUGCACCUUAUUAACCGAUUGCCUUGUAGCAGUGGCCGAAAGGCAAGAAAUAGGCUAUAUUUAAUUUGGAAACGUAAUCGAUAAUGAUCAAUUUUCUUUAUGCUAAUAUGCUUAGAUGUAGCUAAAUAUGCAUCAAUUUAGUUAGAAGAAACUCAUCGAUCGUUGCAUGGGAGCUCUCUCUCUCUCUCUCUCUCUCUCUCUCUCUCUCUCUCUCUCUCUCUCUUUUUUCACUAAAUGAGAUACCUCUACCGGCUAAUUUUUUAAAUGUUUCUAUUUCUUGACUACCUGGCUUAUCCGCUGGAAUCCAUAUGUGUAUGUGUGAGUGCAGUAAGAGACUUAGCGAACCUCCUAAGUACUCGCGUGUUUCGCGAACGCGAGUCUCACGCACUUCAUUCUCUCCGUCUCUCCGUGGGUGAGCGCGAUCGUUCAGUUGAGCGAGCGAUGCGAAAACCAGCCCCUAAAACCAGCGAGAUCACCAACGCUACACCGAAGUCUUCGUUUACAUCUCGGUCCGUUCGGUUGUGCUUUCGCUUUUCUUAGACUUUCUGUCCGCGAAACUCGACAAAAGCGUGCGUCCCGCACACCCGCCCUCCUUUCGUCCGUACCUGUUUGUAUUGCCUUCGUUGGCAACAAGGGGCCGUAGGCGUCGUAAAAAGCGGUGGAUAGCGGUGGUGAUACUAGCGCCUUAGAGUAGUAUUGGUGCAAAUAUUGUCGGCACAAGAGCCGAUAAAAUUCAGUGCGUGAUACGUGUGUUCAGCGGCGUCUCCGGUAGCCAUCAUCACUGCCGAUGUGUUAAAAGUGAAAGGAAGAGUGUGCAGAAAAAUAAUUCGACCACAAGUGAGGAAAGUUGCCGCUUCCUUUUGGUGCGCCGAUAUUCAUUGUCCGGGCCUUGCGUUGCGAAAACAAAAACCCGACCCGAAUUGUACCGACCAUCGGUCGUAAUUUGUCGAGGGUUUUGCG